GGUAGUUAAAUGAUUGCUUUGGACUUUUGGAAGGAGAAACUGUGUAGCGCGGCAACGUGUGUGCGUGAAUCAGUGUUAUUAUCUAUCUACAGCAACUAAACAAGUGACACGUGACUUGGCCAGUGAAGAUGGUGGGGACCACCGCGCAGUCCCAUGUGUAUGUUCAAUACCCACCGUUGAGUUUCGAACCUCCAGGAGCGGCGGCAGUGAUGUACGACGAUGGCAACAAAGCCAUUAUUCUACCGUCUCAAGAUAAGAUCACUACGUAUUCCGUUGGGCAGGUUGCCUUAGGGACGAGUGUUGUAAAGCAGGGUCCUGUGCUCAGCGUGAGGUUUUCCUUGGAUGCCAAGAUUCUGGCGGUGCAAAGGUCAAAGAAUGAGGUGGAGUUGAUUAACCGGUCCAGUGGAAAGGAGUGGAGGCAGGGGUGCAGGAGGGGCGGAGAGAAUAGUAUCUUGGGUUUCUUCUGGACCGACUGCCCUGUUUGCGACUUCGUGGUUGUCACAUCCAGUGGCCUGGAACUGUAUGCUUUACUACGGGGUCGAGAUGGACUGAGGCUAGUUAAUUUCAAAAAGUGGGUCACCAAUUGGUCCAUCCUGGGCGCGACUUCACCGUGCACGUCACCGUAUCAACGAGGAGCAUCCAUCUUCGUGACCUUGGCUGUGCUCAUCGUCGGCGCCCCCACGUCAUCGCCAUUGCCGCUGUUAUCGUCGGCGCUACCACGUCAACGCCUCGCUACCUCGUCGUCGCUGCCACGUCAGCUCCUCGUCCUCGUCACCGAUCCCGAAGCAGCCGCACAGUGGAUGCCUAAGAUACCUCUAAUGAGUCCCAAGCCCUUCUCUGGAGAUAGGAAGAAGGAAGAGGACUUAGACACCUGGGUGAGGACUGUGCCUACUUAUGUGAGGCACAAGCUCACCAGGCCAGAGCAAGAAGUUGUAGUGGCUACUUCCUUUUUAGAGGGAUCAGCAGCCCGCUGGUUGAAUGGUAUAGUGCAGCAGCAGGGCUACGGUCAAAACUUCGAUGCCUGGGCACAGGCCCAGAGAUUGGAAGAGUUUGUACGGUCCGUAUAUAACAGGUGGCAUGACCCGCAAGGGGCUCAGAAGGCCAUCGAUGCUAUCAACAAUCUUUGUGCCCGUAGGUUCAAGGAUGUUAGAGAGCUCGCGGAUACCGUAGAGCGACUACUCGUGGUACCUGGUGUGCGCUUUGACCAGCAGGUUCUCCUGACGGAUUACCUAAGGUGCCUACCUGCAGAGGUAAGGACCAAGCUGGUUGAUGAAGCCUGUGUCGAACAACACACCUUCGCUUCUUUUAGUGAGAAAGCUCUGGAUAUAGAGGCAAAGUUGGGAUCUGCUCAUAAGGCAUCUCAUGAUGGUAGGAAGAGACUACCCCAAGAUUUGAAGAAGAAGGGUCAGUUAAUGUUCGUUGACCACGAUGGUCAAACGACUGAGAUUGACGAUUUCCCAGACCUUGGGGAGUUGACAGAGCAGGAUGGGGCCAGUGAGACUUCGGAUGGGGGAGUCGUGGCACCCAUCAAGGAAAAGGCUAGGGGGACCGGGAAGAAGAAGGCAGGACGGUCCACGGGUCAGGGAGACCAAGGGACACCCGCAUGGGUAAAGCUUGGUUUGGAUUACGAGGUGUGGAGGGACCGAGUUGCCAGGGGCACAUGCAUGAAUUGUGGCAACUAUGGCCACACGUCUGGGACUUGCCGUAGCAAGAAGGUCACCACGAAGGUAGCCUCACCAACGAUGGUGGGCUUAUCUUCAAAUCCUCGGAGACGUAGCCUGCACCUUUCCUAUGGAGGAGGGGAAGUGAUCCACAAGAUCUCCUUCCUGGUGAGCGACGAACUGCCAUUCGAUAUGCUACUAGGCAUGUACUACCUCAAAGUCUCGCAACCUCAGUUUGACUGGGAUAGAAAGGUGUUGAUUCACAAAUUACCCAAUGGUAGAACGGUUAGAUUGCAGAAGUAUAAAGCUAGCAGUCUAAUAGAAAACUACGGCUGUAUGUCCGCUUCAUCCUUCUAUAACUACUAUAAGCAGAAUCAAGAGGAGGGCAUGUAUCUAGUCUUUGUCUCUGAGAAAGGGGAGGGCGUUAAAUCACCCCCAGAGAUAGAAAAAGUCGUCGCACAAUAUUCAGACCUUUUUGAGGAGCCCACAGGCGUGGUAGAAAGGGAGGUUGUACGUGCGAUAGAGGUUGUCCCAGGUAGCAAGGUACCUAGAGGACGAAUCUAUAGGAUGUCUCCCGGAGAGUUAGAUGAGCUUCGCCUCGAACUCAAGGAGCUCACAGAGAAGGGAUGGAUACGACCUAGUACCUCCCCUUACGGUGUGCCAGUCUUAUUUGUUCCAAAGAAGGGAGGUCCAUUAAGGAUGUGCAUUGACUAUAGGGGCCUCAAUGCCAUCACCGUCAAGAACGCGGAGCCCCUACCCCGCAUUGACGACCUCUUGGAUAGAGUGCAGGGAUGCCGGUACUUCACAAAGAUAGAUCUGAAGUCCGAAUACCAUCAAAUUGUCGUUAGACAUGAGGACCAACACAAAACCGCAUUCCAGACCAGGUACGGUCUGUACGAGUUUGUGGUGAUGCCUUUUGGCCUAUGCAAUGCGCCUGGUACAUUUCAGCACGCGAUGAACCGGAUAUUUCAUGAGUACUUGGACAAGUUUAUCGUCGUGCACCUCGACGAUAUUCUUAUCUUUAGUAGGACUGUAGAGGAGCACGCUGAACACUUGAAAACAGUGCUAGGUCUCCUUAGACAACACCAGUACGAGGUAAACUUGGACAAAUGCGAGUUUGGUCGCACCAAGAUCUUGUACUUGGGUCAUGAAAUUUCAGCAGAUGGAUUGAGGCCGGAAGAUGCGAAGGUGGCCAGCAUACGUGACUGGCCUAGACCUCAGACUGUUACUGAGGUCAGAUCGUUUUUGGGGAUAACGGGCUAUUAUCGUCUGUUUGUGAAGAACUAUAGUACUAUUGCUUCCCCAUUAAUAGAUCUAACUCGACUUGACACCCCUUGGGAGUGGACUGAAGAAUGUGAAGCAAGCUUCAAGAAAUUGAAGUAUGCUCUGACACACUACAAAGUUCUCAAACUUCCGGAUCCUGACAAGCCAUUCAUUGUGACCACAGACGCUAGCCAAUAUGGCAUAGACGCGGUCCUUGCGCAACAAGAAGGGCCCAAGUUGAGACCGACCGAGUAUAUGAGCAAGAAGAUGCCAUCUCAAAAGUUAGCUAAGUCCACGUCAGGAAAGAGACACAUCUUUGUCAUAGUGGACCGUUUUACCAAGUACACCAGACUGAUCGCCAUGCCAGAAACAGCCAAAACUGACUAUGUCAUCAAACUGUUUAUGGAUAAUUGGGUAGGUGAUAGAGUCUGGGUAAAGUCAUCUGAACUAGGUCAGGAGAUAGGGAUAUCUAAAAAACUGAUGCCGCAGUAUUUUGGGCCCUGGGAGAUCUUGGACAUUGUAGGGGAUCAACCAGAUGGGCCUUCAUACGUGAUCCGUAUUCCUGCACGCCUACGCACCUACCCAGUGUUUCAUGCCUCCAAGCUGGCCCCUUUCGCUGCCACUGAUCAGUUCCCUUCCAGAAGAUCAAUGCUGCCCCCAACCAUGGACGGCGAGGUGGACAUUGACCAGAUGGUUGAGCAUCGAGUCAUGCCUGUUUCUCGACCAUCAGGCAGAGGGCGACCUCCUAAACCGAGAAUGCAGUAUCGUGUGAGCUUCAAAUAUCAUCUGGAUCCUAAAGAAGACCGGUGGUUCACACGAGAAGAACUCAUGAGAACAGCACCUCAAGUGAUUGCAGGCUAUGAAAGAGCACUCAAGGGGAAGAUGCCUGCAGAAUAAGAGACUUAUCAGAGGACUCACGAAGUAAAGGAGGAGGGAAUGCGAGGAUCAGGGUCCUCGGUUGGCCUAUGGGGACCUGUUUGCAGCAUUACCCACCCUAAGUGAAUGCGGAGGUGCCCGCCCUAAGUGAAGGCAUGCCUGGCUUUUUGCAAGAGGCCCUCGACUGUCAAUUUCAUAUUUGGGGUCCAGGCAGUUGCGACGCGCCAGUUGGUUGAAAGAAACACAGGCCGAGCAACAAAGACAUUUCCACGGC